AAAUGCGUAAUUCAGAUAUUAGAUAAAGUGUUUCUGUGUUCAUGUGGUCGGUCGCCUGCGUUAAUAAUAAGGCGGCAACAUUUUAGCAACUUCUGGCACGUGCGUGUGUGGGUGCGCGCGAGCGCUCAUCUUUCUUUGGCUACUUAGUAGCUUAUCAUUUGCUAGCUUGCCAGAACAGUUUGCCCGGACGCACGUUGGCUAACAUUAGCUUGCCGCAUAGUAACGUCAGAUUCUGAAAGUAGCUUUACCAGUUAACUUAUAUUCGAUAUCACUUCAGCAACUUUUCAUUCUGUGAGAUCAAAACGAACAGCAUUUCCGAGCAAACUCAGAUGGCAUGUCCUGAGAAAACACCCAUUCAAAUUCUUCAUGAAUAUGGCACGAAAAUUGAUUGCCUUCCAAUUUAUGACAUGGAGAAAGCAGAGGGUACACCACAUCAGCCGAAUUUUGUUUUUACUGUCACCAUAGGUGAAAUAACCUGCAGAGGUCAAGGAUUCAGUAAGAAAGCUGCAAAACAUCAGGCUGCUGAGGCUGCACUGAAGGUCUUGGAAAUGGAUCCUGGGGCUCUGCCUGUGCUUCAGCGAACUGAGAACAACGGACUCUGUGAGCCAAAUGAUCAGCAGAACCCUGUCGGAGUGCUACAGGAGCUGGCUCUUCAGAGGUCAUGGCAUCUCCCUGAGUAUGUGGUGGUGAUGGAGACAGGUCCCUGCCACAACAAGGAGUUCUCCGUCACCUGCAGACUGGAGAACCUUAUGGAGACCGGAACAGGAAGUUCAAAGAAAAUGGCCAAGAAGGUUGCGGCUGAGAAAAUUCUUGAGAAACUCCAAAGCCUAUCAGGGUCCGCUGAAAUUACAUGGACACCGAAGCCCAUAGUCUACUUGGAAAGUCUGCGCCACUCGACAAGUGAUACAAUUUCUCAACUGAGGAGGACUCCUCUCAGCAUCCCGAACACAGACUACGUCCAGAUGAUGCAGGACAUAUCGCAGGAGCAGGGCUUUGAGAUCAUUUACCACAAUAUAGAUGAGCUGACGGUGAACGGGCAGUACCAGUGCUUAGUGCAGCUAUCUACCAUGCCAGUGACUGUGUGCCAUGGGACUGGCAUCACUAUUGGCAACGCACAGAAUGACGCAGCACACAGUGCGCUUCAAUAUAUCAAGAUCAUGGCUACGAUGAAAUAAGUCAUUCCUGCUCUAUAAAUUAAAUUGUACAGCGACAUAUGACAUUGUU